AUGUCGAGUAUUCUUCCUAGAAAAAAUGAGGAAUACGGAUCAAAGGAGUACUGGGACCAGAGAUACAGCCAAGAGUCCGACGACGCGUCGUUCGAUUGGUUUAAAUCGUAUGAUGAUGUCGCCGACAUAAUGCGCUCGAUUAUCCCGAAUAAGGACGCAAGAAUCCUGAUGCUGGGUUGUGGCAACUCGAAGCUAUCGGAAGAGAUGUACGACGACGGGUACAAAAAUAUUGUUAACACCGACUAUUCGGGUAUUCUCAUCGAGAAAAUGCGCCAAAGGCACGAGCAAGCUCGACCCGAGAUGGAAUGGCAUGAGAUGGAUAUUCGUGAUAUCGUCUUCGACGCAGAUUCCUUCGACGUCGCGAUUGAUAAAGGUACCAUGGAUGCCAUGAUGACGACCAAGGGCGAUGUUUGGGAUCCACCACAAGAGGUCAUAGACAACUGCAGCCGAGAAGUCAACGAAGUUCUGCGCGUGCUUCGCAAAUCAGGCGGUGUCUUCAUCUACAUAACCUUCGGGCAACCCCACUUCCGCCGCCGCUACCUCACGCGGCCCGGCACGACGCUGGAAGUUCGUGAGAUGGGGGAGGCAUUCCACUAUUACAUGUACAUCCUGCGGACCGGAUGA